CACACACAGUCACACACACACAGUCCUCAGAGAGGAGGUCUAAUCAGGCAAUUAUUUGGAAACACCUUUGUGCGUUCACCAUCGGUGUGUGUCUUCCGACUUGGUUAGCGCAAUAGUCACGUUAGUUAGUAAAAAGGCGAACAAGAUGGCUCGGUUAAUUGCUGAGGAUGCUUCGGAAAAUCGCAGUUGCAAUACGUUUUCUCCACUUUUAACACGAGAGCAACAAUGAGCCCACCAUGGCUUUGUAACCAGUUUAAGAUGAUGCUUGGUCACAGUUUACUGCCGGGGGGAAACCAGCAUAACAUCAGAGGAGACCUUAGUGACAGCCAUUACAUGCUGUAAGCUUGAUGAAAGCAAUGCCUCCUGGUUACUGAAACAUGACAAAUCAGAGGGAGAGUGGAAGAAAAGCCAUUUAUCAAAAAGUUGAAAACUCCUGUUUUUCUGCAGUGUUGCACGUAGGUCAGUUCUUGAGGCCCAAAUGUAGUGGAAGCAACAAUGCGCCUUUGCCGCUGACAAACAUUGCAAGCAUGAUGCAAAAGGUGCACUUUCCGUCUUUGAGGAGCAGUGAUAUGGACACCAGGUGUGGUGACGUCCAGCUCUCUGUGGGUGUGUGUGGGAUGUUGUGUCAGGGCUAAAGCCCCUCCCUCUCCCAUGAGCCUGUGUGCCCACACACACACCUGGCGCCUCCACGCACACACCCGGCGCCCACACACGCACAGCCGGCACUGACGCUGUGAACUGGACCCUCGGAGCCCAGCGGAGCCAAGCGGAGCGGACUGUAGCCCAGUUGGAGCCUGAGGAUGUCAACAGAGACAGAGCUACAGCCAGCGGUCAGGCCCGGCAGCGUCAGACGGGACUUCAAGAGGAAAGGGCAGGAUCGCAGCGAGGCGGCUCUCAUCAGGCGUUUUAAGGGCGAUGGUGUCCGCUACAAGGCCAAGCUUAUCGGCCUGGACGAGGUCACCGCCGCCCGUGGAGACAAACUGUGCCAGGACUCGAUGAUGAAGCUCAAGGGUAUAGCAGCGGCAGCACGGUCUAAAGGAGAACACAAACAGAAGGUGUUUCUGACCGUCUCCUUUGGAGGGAUCAAGAUCUUUGAUGAGAAGUCAGGGGUCCUCCAACACCACCAUGCGGUCCACGAGAUCUCCUACAUCGCCAAGGACAUCACGGACCACCGAGCCUUCGGCUACGUCUGCGGGAAGGAAGGGAACCACCGCUUCGUGGCAGUCAAGACCGCACAGUCGGCUGAGCCUGUGAUCCUGGACUUGCGGGACCUGUUCCAGCUCAUCUAUGAGAUAAAGCAGCGGGAGGAGAUGGAGAAGAAGGCCCAAAAAGACAAGCAGUGUGAGCAGGCGGUCUACCAGACAAUACUGGAGGAGGAUCUGGAGGACCCGGUCUACCAGAAGAAGGGACAUCAAAACACGCCCCUCCACCACCACCAUCCCCAUCAUCAACAUCAUCAUAAUCAUGAUCGGCCCCACCAACAAGAACAAGCUUCGCUGCAGCAGCAGGCAGUGGCAGAUCUCAUAGACUUAGACCUGGAAAUGGUGACUCAGAAUAUCAACCAAUUAGAGAUUUUUGGAGACAUGUCCACACCGCCCGACAUCACCUCUCCAUCGACCCCCGCCUCUCCAGCCAACACCCUCGACCCCUCACAGGGCCUUCUGCCUCCCACGGAACUGUUUGCUCCCUUCAAUCCUGCGUCUGUGCCCUCAGGUUAUGUGACAAUGGGAGCAGUACCCCCCGGCCACUGGUCCCAGCAAGCGUUUGCUGCCCAGACACCGCUGGCCUUCGGGGUCCAGUCUCCCCUAGGUCCGGUAGCCCAGGUGCUGCCAGGCGGCCAGCCUCUAAUCUGGGGCCAGGCCAACAUCUUCCCUGCCACCCAGCAGCAGUGGGCAGCCAUGGCGGCCGGAGCCUUCUCCCCCACAGCCUACCUCCCUGCCCAACCUGUGGGCACUCUGCCUGCCGCCAUGUUCCAGACUCUCACCCCUGUCACGACUGUGACUCCAGCUGGCGAGAGCCAAUCAGGUGCCGGAGCCAGCGCUGCAGCUCCCUCCCCUUCAGCGUCGUCGAGUCCGCAGCACGGGGAGAGGGCGAGGAAGAUGGGCAAGGAGAUGUUCAAGGAUUUCCAGCUAUCGAAGCCUCCGGCAAUGCCGUUGAAGAAGGGUGAACAGCCCGGCUUAGCAGGAACCUCCGAGGCAUUCAGCACUUACUUCAGCCGUGUGGGCACAGCCCAGGACACGGACGACUGUGACGACUUUGACAUUUCUCAAAUGAAUCUGACGCCAGUCACCUCUACGACACCAUCCACCAACUCACCACCCACCCCAGCUCCCAGGCAGAGCUCUCCCUCCAAGUCCUCCGCCUCCCAUGUCAGUGACCCCCCCACCGACGCCACAGAUCCCCCCACAGACGACUCGUUUGGGGAAGCAGAGGGCAGCCCUAGUCGCAGUGGAGAGGAAGAUGCUAAGGGGAAGAAGGACCCUCUCUAUGCCCAGAUCAACAAAGGGAAGAAAUAAAGAGACACACAGGAAGACAGACCUGACCAGCACCGAGAGAACUGGAGGAGAACCCUCACCCCUGUGUGUGUGUGUGUGUGUGUGUGUGUGUGUGUGUGUGUGUGUGCGUGUGCGUGUGCGUGUGCGUGUGUGUGUGUGUGUGUGUGUGAGCGAGCAUGUCUGGCACAUCUCCCUGCCUGGCCAAGUCCUUCUUCUUCUCCUCUUCCGCCUCUGGCUAACAACCUCCCAAGAGGAGCCUCCUCUGUCGUCCUCCUCCUCUUCCUCCUGAGAGGAGAGAGCCCUCUCGGUCAUUUGCUCCAGGCAGGAGGGAUAUCAAUCACUGAGAUGGAUCCAGUUCUCCCUCCGCUGCGCUGUCUUCUCCUCUCCUCUCUCCCCCCUGCGGCGACUCACACCCAGCCUUACAGACAUAACCUGCUCCACCCUUCUCUCCCUUCUCUCCCUCCCUCCUCCUUUCUGUCUUUGCUCUCACACUCCUCCCUCUGCCUCCUGUGUCUGGCCAGAGACUGUGCUGCCAAGGAAGGGACUGAAUCAAGCAGUGCCUCCAUAUCUCUGACACACACACACACGCACACACACACAUGCACGCUCAUCGGGAUUAGAAUGAUCAUCUUUCAUUUUAACGGACAGAAUCUGUAGCGAGGAGAUCCCACAGGAGGAGCUAGACUCUUAACGAGCCUAUCAGGGAUGGCCCGUUACUGGGAUCACUGCUUCUGAUUGGUUGGUUGGUUCGGGCAUUGCCUCCCUAUUCUUGUGAGUGUCUGCUGGAUCACUAUGCAGAAACAGACUCUCUGGGAGCUACUCACACACCAACUACACACACACUGUGCACACAGCAAUCAGCUUACAUAUACUCACAAAACACACACAGUCAUCUCUCACCCUCUCUAACAUGCAUACACCGUAAUUUGCCAAACGUCUCUCCUCGCAGACAGACUCGCACAGAGGCCAGAGGACCGGAGACACUGAGGAAUGGACCCUGAGAGGGAAGAGUUGCAAGUCAAACAGAUUCUGUGAUCGAACUGUUCAUUCUCUAUAGCUUUUGUACAAUACCAAUUAAAAAAGAAAACGAAGAAAUUGAAAAAAUUUAAUUUUUAUUUUAUAAGUCAAUCAAGCCGCUGGGGUCAGCUCUAUAGGAGUUAUAGAGUCAACAUGGCUUUAAGGCAUCUGAUCGUUGGUUUGCCAAUCUCAUUUUGUAAAUAAUAACAACAAGAACCAUUUUGUCCACUGGACUUCUGUGCCAUAAAAUAGGAAGGCUUCAGUUAUGCAAACUCUUGACGUUAACCCAAGCAAUACCAACAAAUGUUUUCUUUUCCCUGUUAUCCCACUUGGUUUUGUCGCCCUCUGAUAUUAAUUUGAUCUUGUGCAUGGAUGUUGUAGGUCUUUGUCUUAAGCGCACAGCUGCACACGUUGACCCUAUUGGUCUCUUAUCACCUUCUGCAGUUUAUGUUAGCAAAAGCCUAUACAGCCUGUGUCUCUGCACCCCAAACCUACAGUCUCUUUAUGUUGCAGACAGAGUCUCCCUUACUGACACUCUGCUCCUCUCCUCCAUCCCAUUCACACCGGAAUUGUUUUUUAGAUACGGUGAUACUCGGCCCAUCUGUCUGUCUGUUGGUCAGGUGCCAAACUGCUGCUGUCCCAGCGUCUGCGUGUGCACUGCAGUAACCUCUGCUACAAGUACAUCAACCGUGAUGCCAAUGACUCCCUAUUUUAUGGCCAGAGUCCCCCAUGUCACUCGAGAACUCUUUUGGACUAUGAUGUUGAUUAACUUCAAAAUUUUGAAAACUAGAAGAUGAGCAAAGAAGUUGACUAAAAAGGGAAACCUUGCUGUUUGAGUGCAUAACAUUUCUAGACCUAUUUUAACUUUACCUCAGCUAACAGUUUCUUAAUGUAAAUUGACACAUUAUUUUUAUCUUUAUGAAUAUGACAUUCUACAGUGGGUUUUUAGAUGAUUUUUUGGUUCUCUCUUGAUUUACGUAUUCCACCAUGUAUUACUGUUACAAAUAAACACAUCCC